AUGACAACGCAACCCCAAUCAACCUCAACAGCCAUCGAGCUGCAAGAUCGGCAGUCGGCAGAAGAAAGACUCACCCGGCUCACGAACGAUGCAGCCGGCGCCACAGAUGAAGACGAAGUAAUGCAGGCUUCCAGACUAGCCGAUUCCGAGGUCCCCGACGGCGGAGAAGGUUGGGUUGUUAUCGCCGGAUGCGCAAUCAUCACCUGGUGGUUCGUCGGCACGUCCUACUGCUGGGGAGUCCUGCAGGCAGCCCUGGUCAAGGAAGGUGUCUCGACAUCUUCCACACUGGCGUUUGUGGGGUCGCUUGCUCCCGCCUGCAUUUCAUUUUUGGGCAUUUUGAAUGUCCGAGUCAUCCGAAAACUGGGAACGCGCCUCUCGGCUCUCUUGGGUGUCUUCCUGCUAGGCUUGGGGGAGGCCCUUAGUGGGUUUGCUAUCCACAAUGUUAAAGGGUUAUUCGCGACUGCUGGUGUUGUGAUGGGGAUUGGGAUUAGUCUCUGUUUUAUGGUCGUCUCGGUGACGCCUGCGCAAUAUUUCAGAGCGAAGCGUGGAAUCGCUAAUGGGAUUGUUUAUGCUGCUGGUGGUCUGGGUGGUGCAGUCAUUAGUUUUCUGUUGAAUGCACUGCUCACCAAAGUCGGCACAGCCUGGACAUUUAGAAUCCUUGGCUUCAUGACCUGGGCCACUGGCCUACCAGCGGCAUACUUGGUAAAACAGCGCCUCCCCAUUCCUCGCUCGGCAAUUGUUGAAUGGCGCCUACUUCGUGAUAUUCGCUUCGUUCUCCUCUUUGCCGCCGGUGCAAUUGCAACCUUUCCACUGCUCGUGCCUCCAUUCUUCUUGCCAUUGUACACCGAUUCAAUGGGAAUGGCAUCCAGCACUGGCGCCGCCGUGGUUGCGGCAUUUAAUUUCUCCUCUGCGAUGGGCCGACUUCUUUGUGGAUUUUGCAGCGAUUUCGUCGGACCGCUAAACACUUUGUUCUUCUCCAUUAUCCUGAGUGCUCUGAGCAUGCUCAUCCUCUGGCCGGUCUCAACUUCUAUUGGUCCUCUGAUUGUUUUCGUCAUUAUUAAUGGUAUGGCUAAUGGCGGGUUCUUCUCGACUAUGCCUACUGUUGUCGGGACGGUGUUUGGCUCUGCGAGGGUGUCUGUUGCGAUGGGGAUGAUUGUUACUGGGUGGGCGGGCGGAUACCUACUUGGAGCCCCCAUUGCCGGGUAUAUACUUGCUGCGUCCGGUGGACAGGACAGCGGUGUUAGCGCCUAUCGUCCUGCUAUCUUCUAUGCAGGCGGCAUGGCGUUGGUGGCUGCUUUGAUGGCCAUCUUCGUACGCCUCAAGACUGAUGCUCGGCCAUUCAAGAGAUUGUAG